AUGGAUUCGAUAAAUUAUCAAACAACAACAUCAGGAGCAAAGGAUGCCUUAGAGUUUUCAUCAAGAGAUCUUGGAGUAUCUUCGAUGGAAUUUUAGGGUGAAUUCGAUGAUCAAUACAAAUUGAUUGCGAUCUAUUAUAAGAUCAAUAAAUUAAAGAACGCCUUUUUUAUUUUCCUGAUGGUGAUAACAGGAGGUUUAGUUUACUUGUUUUAUCGAUGGUUUCUUUCAUUUAAGCUUGCCAUCCGUUACUCAUAAUGUAAUUUCAUGGAGAUGACGCAUUUACUAAUAAACAAAACUAAAAAUGAUAUCAGAAUUGCUGAAGAUUAAUUAGUUGAAGUAUAACAAAACACACGCAAAUUACCAAAUUGUAAUUAUGCACGCAUGUUCGAAUACGAGCUUAGUUAAUUUUACAUAGAUUGCUAGACAUUUUAACUUAAUUAUUUAAAGAACUCCUUCUCUCAUUUAACUUGUGCCUAAUUAACAGUCGCAACUGAUUUAAAUGAAUGGUCUGAAGUUUAUGGUAGAAAUGUUAUGGAUGUUCCGAUAAAGUCGAUUCCAUUAUUGAUUUUAGAUGAGAUUCUUACACCUUUUAAUAUAUUUUAAAUAUUCGCUUUGGUGAUUUGGGCUGUUGAUAAUUAUGUCUUAUAUGCUGUUUUAAUCUUUGUGUUGACAUUGUUUUAGAUGAUUAUGCAAUUAAGAGAAAUUAGAGCAAAUUUGUUUAAGAUACGAAACAUGAUAUUAUUUAGCACAACUGUUAAAGUUUGUUAGUUUGAAUCAAUUGUUGAAAAAUCUUCAAUUGAUUUAUCUCCUGGAGAUAUAAUAAUCGUAGAAGGGAAUACAAAGAUAUCAUGUGAUUGUAUAUUGAUUGAUGGAGCUUGUGUGAUGAAUGAAGCAAUACUUACUGGAGAAUCAGUGCCGGUAAAUAAAACAGCUUUAUUGAAAACCAACAAUUUAUUUAGAUAAAAAGAGAAUGAGAAUUCGAUGUUGUAUUGUGGAACCUUCUGUCUAAGGAGUUAUUCUAAUUCAAAUUAGCCAGUGAAGGCAUUGGUCUACUAAACUGGAUUUCAAACUUUGAAAGGAGGAUUGGCUAGAUCGAUAUUAUUCAAUGUGAAUUAGAGUUUCAGUUUUUAAAGAGACUCUUUAAAAUAUUUAUUUGUUUUGGCCUUCCUAGGAGUAGUUCAAUCAGUGAUUUCAUUAUAUUUAGAUUUUUCAAAUGAUGCAACUGUUGGAGAAGCCAUAAUAAAUGCUUUAGAAUUAUUAACCAUAAUAAUUCCUCCUGCACUUCCAACUGCUUUGGCUGCAGGUGUUUCAUUAGCUUUGAACAGAUUGGAGAAAUAGAAGAUACAAUGUAUCAAACCAGAUAAAGUGAAUGUGGCAGCUAAAGUUAAUAUUUGUGCAUUUGAUAAAACUGGAACCCUUACUGAAUUAGGUUUAGAUGUUGUAGGUUUCAGGCCGAUCAAAGGAAUGGGAUUUGAUAAGAAAGUAUAGAUUUCAGAAUGUGAUGAAAUCUCUAUAGAAGGAAUGGCAACUUGUCAUUCUUUAUCCUUGAUAGAUAAUGAAGUUCAAGGGGAUCCUAUUGAUUUAAAUAUGUUUCUAUAAACUGGAUGGAAGUUUACAGAAAAAGACAUUACUUUUCAAGAUAAGUCACUAACUUUAAUUCGAAGAUUUGAGUUCUAAGCUGAGUUAUAAAGAAUGUCAGUAAUUGUUAGUGAUCAUAAAUUGUUUUGUAAAGGAUCACCUGAAAUGAUUCAGACCAUUUGUCAAAAGGUACCAGAAAAUUACAAAACAAUCCUCAAUAGAUAUGCUUCUAAAGGUUAUCGAGUAAUAGCUUUGGCUUAUAGAGAAAUUCCAAAAGUCUUGAAAUCAGAAAUAUUAACUGGAAAACGGGAGUUAUUUGAAUCUCAAUUAGUCUUUUUGGGAUUUCUAAUUUUUGAGAAUAGAUUAAAAGAAUUAACAUCCAGAACUAUUAGAGAACUAAAGGCUUCUAAUCUAAAACCAAUAAUGGUGACUGGUGACAAUCCCUUAACUGCUAUCAAUAUAGGAUAGCAAUGCUAUAUAUUGGAAUAAAAUUAAAAGAUCUAUCUUAGUUAAAUAAAGGACUAAGAUAUCAUCUGGCAAGAGAUGGCAAUGUAGGAUCAAGUAAUUAAUGAAGGCAGUUCAUACAGUAUUGAUAAUAUUCAAUCAAAGACAUUAACAACUGAUGAUAUUUUGAGAUCCAAUAAUAAUUUCUAACUAUGUAUCACAGGUGAUGUGUUUGAACAAUUACAAUACUAAUACAAUCAAGCUAUCAAUAAAGAAGAAAUUUUGAAUUUGUUUAGUCAAAUCUUCAUUUAUGCUAGAAUGAAACCAAAUCAUAAAGGAGAUUUGAUGAUACUCUUAAAACAAGAUAAAAAAAACUUUAUAGCUUUUUGUGGAGAUGGCACCAAUGAUACAUGUGCAUUGAGAUAAGCUGAUGUAGGUUUGGCAUUGUCAACAGAAGAUGCCUCUUUAGCUGCUCCAUUUACGUCAUCAAUUUUCAAUAUUUCAAGUUUGAUUACUCUCAUUAGAGAAGGUAGAGCUUGUUUGGUUACGUGUGUUGAAUGCUUUAAAUUUAUGACUUUGUAUUCCUGCAUCUAAUCUGCCAUGGUUUUAUAAUGCUAUUUCUGGAAUACAGAUCUAUCAUUAUACUAAUAUUUGUAUCAAGAUCUUUGGUUAAUAAUUCCAUUGGCGUUCACUAUGGAUUUAACAAGUGCUUUUCCUACUCUGGCCAGAUAUAGACCAAUAAGCGAUUUGAUUUCAAUUCCCAUUAUUUCAUCUGUGGCAGUAGCAGCACUAUCCAGCAUUGCUAUGUAAGUUGGGUUGAUUCAGUAUCUCACAUCAUAAGAAGAGUUUGAACUAGACGAACCUGAUGAAGGAGCUCCUGGCUAAAUCAAUACAAUGUUGAUACUUUUAUCUAAUUCAGAAGUGCUCGCAGUUGCUAUUGCAUUUACGUAGGGGCCACCAUUUAGACAACAGGUUUAUAAAAACCUCGCUUAUAUUGUGACAGUAACAUUAGGCAUUUUAGGACAUAUCUUUGUUAUCUUUUACCCAUAAGGAUUUUAACAUUUGGAGAUUGUAGUAAUUACUUCAUUAAGAUUUGAAUGGAUCAUUAUUGGGUUUAGUCUAAUUAUAGGAGUGUUUAUAAUUCUUUAUGAAAAAUUUGUAACUCAAGCCUUAGUAAAAAAAUAUUCUCAACAAGAUGUCAAUUUAUCAGUGUGA